AUGCUGAAUGAAGAAAAGCUAGGGGAGGAAAAUGACUUGCUUAAAUUGAAUAAUGAUACUAACGAAGAUGCUAUAAAAGAUGAAGAUAAUAAAAGUAAAGAAAAAAAAAAAAAGAAAGUUCAAUUUUCUGAUAAUAAUGAAACAAUAUAUUAUGAGAAGGAUGAAAAUGAAAAUAGUUAUUUUAAUUUUACUCUAAAUAAUUUUAAUUAUUUUGAAUGUUUUUAUAAUGAUAUUUAUGGUGAUAAUUUUAAUGACAAAAUUAUGAGAAGUAAUAAUUAUAAUGAUGAUGUUGAAGAAGAUGAAGAAGAAGAAGAUGAUGAAGAUGAUGAAGAUGAUGAUGACGAUGAAGACGAUAAUGACGAUAACGAUGAAGACGAUAAUGACGAUAACGAUGAAGACGACAAUGACGAUAAUGAUAAUAACGAUAAUAACGAUGACAAGGAUGAAAAUUCCGAAAAUAAUAUUAAUGAUGAAGAAAAUAAAUCAGAUGAAAUAAACCCUAAAAAUAAAAAAAAUAAUAUUUGUAAUAAUAAUAAAAAUACCAUAUUGAAUGGAAUUAACAAUAUAAAUAAUGAUACCAGUAAUUUAAAUUUAAAUUUAAAGAAAAAAAAAAAAAAAAAAAAAAAAAAAAAUAUGAACAGUUCUAUAUAUAAUAAUAACGAACAAGUUACCAAAAAUAUCUUAUCAUUAAAAAAAAGUGGUAAUAACACCAAUGUUGAUGAUUUAAAAAAUGGCAAAAAAAAUUGUUUAUUAUCUAAUAUUUUCUUAUCACAUGAUGAAAACGAUAAUAUAAAAAAAAAAAAAAAAAAAAAUUUAAUAAACAUAAAAAAUUUAAAAAAUUUAAAAAAUUUAAAAAAUAUAAAAAAUAUAAAAAAUACAACAAAUAUGAUAAAUACAACAAAUAUGAUAAAUACAACAAAUAUGAUAAAUACCACAAAUAAUAAUUUUAAAAGGGAAAAAUUCCAUCAAUCAUUCAAUGAAGAUUCUUCUUUCGAAAUUAAUAAUAUACAAUCAGCUACCUUAAAUGCUCAAGAAAGAACUAUACAUUAUAAUAAAGAUUAUUUUGGUUAUGACAUUGAACCUUUUAAUAUGAAAAAUGAAUUAACAGAAGGAUAUAUUGAUAAAGAUGGUAAUUAUAUUUAUAAUGAAUCUGAUAAUGAUGAAGUUGAAGAAGCCUGGCUAAAAUCUGUGGAUGAACAAGAUCCACUCUCUACAUUUUCUAAUAAUACAUUACAAGCUCAAAAAUUUCAAGAAACACAAUCUAAAUUUCAUAUGACAUAUGAUAAAUUAAAUAAUAAUUUAUUAUCAAUUAAUAUUUUUGAUGCUUUAUAUUCUUUAUCAUGUUUAUUAAUAGAUGAAAAAGAAACACCUAUUAAAGCUAUGAUCAGAUAUAAAAAAGAUCUAAAAGUUUGUAAAAAUUAUCUUAACGAAUAUGAAAUUAAAAUAAAUAAAAUUAAUUCCCUUGCUAUAAAUACAAACGCUGAUCAAAAGGAUCACUCGACAAAAGAGAUUGACAAAAAUAAACAGACACUCCAAACAGAUUAUGAGGAGAAGAAAAAUUCAUUACAGGUCAGAAUUAGAAGUACGUUAGCUAGCCAUCUUGAGGAAGAAAGUACAAAAGAGGGAAGCCCAAAAGUGGAAGAACAAAUAGGUGAUGAUAUAAAAAAUAAUGAUAUAAAAAAUAAUGAUAUAAAAAAUAAUGGUGAUAUGAAAAAUAAUGAUAUAAAAAAUAAUGAUAUAAAAAAUAAUGUUGAUGAUUUGAUAGAACAAAAUAAUAAUAAUUGUGAUGUAAAAGACCCAGAAAAUAACUUGAUGAAUCCAUCCUUAGACACCGAACAUGUAAUAAUAAACAAUGCAGAAAACGAAUCAAUAUGUAAUAAUAAAAAAACAGAAAAGCAGAAGAAUGACAAUCUGGAUGAUAAUGAUGAUGAAAAGAAAAAUAUUGUAAACAAUGAGAGCUUACAAGAAUUAGAGAAUUUAAAACAAAUGUAUCAAAAGAUUAUUUUUGAUUAUAAAACUAUAGAAAGACGAUUUAAUAACUUAAUAGAUUUAACUCAGAAAUUGACCAAUGAAUAUAAAAAUGUUUAUUUUUUUACAAAACAUGAAUUUGAAAUAUUAUGUAAGAAACUUGAAGAAUAUAAAGAAAAUGUAGACAUACACUGGCAACUAAAGUGGAUGAAUGGUAUUGAUAAUAAUGUAUAUGGUCCUUAUAAUUAUUAUGAUAUAUAUAAUUUUAUAACAACAGGGAUAGUAACCGUUUUAAACCCUAUACUUCUAAGAAGAAUAAAUAAUAAGAAUGAAGUAUUAGAAAAUAUAUGGCAAAUGUAUGAUGCUGUAAAUUAUUUAAUAUUUGUUACUAAUGAUAAUAUUAAAAAGAAGAGAAAACAUGAUGGUCUAACCAAUGAAAAUAAAGAUGAGAAUGAUAAUAAUGAUAAUAAUGAUAAUAAUGACGAUGAUGAUGAUGAUAAUAAUGAUGAUAAUAAUGAUGAUGAUAAUGAUGAUUAUGAUUUGAUCAAUAAAAAAAAAAAGAAAAAAGGAUUAAUACAAAUAUCAAAAAAAAAGAAAAAAAAAAAAAAAGAUCAUUAUGAUAAAAGUAAUAUUUAUAAUGAUGAUAAUAAUAAUCAUGCGAAUUCUUCUAAUAAUGAAGAAAAUAGUGAUAAUGAGGAUGAUUAUGACAACGGAUAUGAAUUUUAA